GCAGGUACUGGUCUCCCCGGCCUGGCAAUGGUCGUCGGUCGCUGGUAGGAGUUUGAGGAACGACCGGUCGGUGAGUCUUACCCGCCCUUACGACCGCCCGGCAAGGCCAGCGAAGUGGCCAAGCCGUGGCCCGGUCGGCGUGUACACACCGUGUGACCGAUCGUUCCCUUGCUGCACUGCAAUCGGGCAACCCCUGGGUUCAUAUCGGUCGGUGUGCCGCAAGCCUCCACUCGUCCCCUUGCCUUUGCUCCGGCUUUGCUCUGCAGGACGGAAGAAGCCGUUAGGAAGGGCAAGAACCAGAAGCAGGAGGGCGGGAACAGAGCAGGCGAAGAUGGUGGCGGGAGCAGCAGCAGCUAUGGCCGCAACCAGCAGCAGUGUUGCUGCGGCGACCUGUAGCCUGGCGACCCUGUCGUCGAGCAGGAAGCUGAGAUCGGGACGCCGAACGCUGCUUGCAUCCCGGUCGCUCUCUCCGUCCUCCUUCGACGACGUCAAGCGCCAGCUGGCGGUGUCUAGCAGGACGACAUGUGUCAACCCGUCCAUCGUCAUCAGCGGGAGCACGGCUGCCCUUCUCUUCUUGGGCCGAUUUGUCUUCCUGCCCUUCCACAGAGCAUCGCUCGCCAAGGCCGGGCUGCCCACGCAAAACGGCCAGACGCAUUUUGAGGCCGGGGAUACAAGAGCGCAGGAGAAUGAAGGCUUCAUGAAGACGAACGACCCUGCGGGGUUCACGCUCGUUGACGUGCUGUCGUGGGGGGCACUUGGGCACGUGGUGGCGUUCUUCAUCCUGGCGACAGCAAGCAAUGGCUACGACCCGCAGUUCUAAGCUGCUGCCUCGAGGAUGUUGGGGGAUUGAUUGGAGCGGAGGGAGGGAGGUGGACGGGUGGGGGGGGAUCGAGCACGAUGUUCGUCCGUAAUGAUAACAGUCGAUGUUGUGGCACGUGAGGAAAGAGAUUACUCAUCGGUUGGGUUGGUCGUCUCGAAGUGUUGCUUGCGCCCGUCUCCAUUCCUCAUGGCAGGAGGAGGAGAGGAGGUUGUAUAUAUAUGAAAUGCGUCGCUCAUUCUCAUUGUUUGCCGCGCGGUUUCCUUGACUUCUCCCUCUAUUACUUCCACCGCUUCUCCUGAUGCCACAAACUGACUGCCAAUCCUGCGGAUGUUUCCGCUGUUGUUCGUGCUGCUGAAAUGAACUUCUCACUUCCCUUCCCCUCUUCUCGCCACAGUGACUUUUCCGUUCUUUCGUUCGAUCAUGGUUGAACAUUUACCUCGCGCGCGACGGUGACCUGCCGCGUGACAUACUUGCGCAUAUCAGAAUAAGCGCCUGUCUACUGCGGGAACCAAAAAGAAAGUCAUCUUCUACCACCUUUUAAUCUGUUUGGUCGAUUGUCUGAACUCCACAUGUUACGAGAGUGGAUGACAGUAGAACCACU